AGGCAAAAAAAAAUCGUAGCGGCAUCAGCAGCAGCAAGCAGCAGCAUCCAUCAUCAAAUAUUAGUGUGCUCCUGCACAGAUUCGCUAAUCUGGCAAUCAGUCCAAAUCCUUUCCUGCUUGGAUACGAAGCGGACAUUUUUGCCUCUCUGGAGAGUUUCGCGCGUGCGUUUUUGUAUUUUAGAGAAUCGCGAACCGAUUCGGACUUUUCGUACACACUGUGUUGCUGCCUUGCUUCCUGCUGCUGCUGGUGCUGCUGCUUGCUGUACCUACUUGUUGAACAGAUUUUGUUCCUCCUCGAGGGUGGAAGAAAAACAUGUUCUAUGGAUUAUCCAUAUAAAUCCAACAUUAUAGAUCCGAUUUAGACGAGAAGGACAGACAAGGACCUUGUCGUCUUUAUUUGGCCGGUCAUGGCAGACGAGCCCCACAACAAACUGGUAGCAUGCAUAAAGAGAAAUUUGCUUACCAUUUUGACCGUGGUUGGGGUCUUCGGAGGUACCGCUGUCGGGCUGCUUCUACGAGCAGCUUCGAGCACGAAAUGGACCAGCAGGGAAAUCAUGUACUUGGCCUUCCCUGGGGAGCUCUUUCUCAGGAUGCUCAAAUGUCUUAUCAUUCCACUACUUAUGUCCUCUGUCAUUUCUGCUAUUGGUUCAUUAGAUUUGAGCUUAUCCAAAAAGAUUGCAUUUAGAUCCAUUCUCUUUUAUACGGCAACAACAAUUUGUGCAGUAGUACUAGGCAUUCUCUUGGUGGUAGUGAUCCGGCCUGGUGAAGGUACUGUUCCAUGGAAACCCGUUGAUGAAGAUGAUACCAGUAGAGUCCUGACCAGACACGUUAUAACACAAGAUACACUUUUGGAUCUGAUUAGAAAUUUCUUUCCACCCAAUUUGGUUCAAGCCUGUGUUGGUCAGUCCCAAACGUUUCUUCAUGAACCGAACAUCUACACCCUUUACAAAAAGGGCAAUCAGGACAUACUGCGUAGCAUCGUGGGCAACUCUACUCUGGACUCGGAAUCUAAAAGUGCUAUAUUUGAUUCUUUGGCAACAUCUGAUAAUAAGAGGCGACUGAAUGAAAGUCUUUUUAAAGAACUUAAGAAAAUUAAGUAUAACUCAACUCAUUAUGGCAGUGUAGAGCUGGAAGACAUUUAUUCGUCAGAAAAAUGGAAAUUCGAGGAACGUUACGAGAGCACCACAAAUGUCCUAGGACUGGUCACUUUUUCAAUUGUUUUCGGAAUUGCUAUGGGACAACUGGGGGAAAAAGGAAAAGUGCUACUAGAUUUUUUCCACGCACUUAGUGAAGCAAUGAUGAUUAUUACCAGCUGGGUUAUUUGGUUAUCACCAGUUGGAGUAUUUUUCCUCGUGGUAGCAAAAGUCUUGGAAAUCGUCAGUUUUGCCGACUUGGUUGGGCGUUUGGGGCUUUAUUUCAUGACUGUCCUGCUUGGGUUAUUCAUUCAUGGAUUUAUCACGUUGUCAAUUAUUUAUUUUGUGACUUUAAGAAGACUGCCGUUUAAAGUUAUUGCACAAUUAAGUCAGGUGUUGAUUACAGCUUUCGGAACAGCUUCAAGUCAAGCCACUAUGCCCAUCAGCAUCCAAACUAUGGAUAAAAUGGGUCUGGAUCCACGAGUGACCAGGUUCGUGAUUCCUAUUGGUGCUACGAUUAAUAUGGAUGGCACUGCUUUAUACGAAGCUGUCGCAGCUAUUUUUAUAGCACAAUUAAACAACAUAUCUCUUGGAUUUGGAAAGACCAUUGCAGUUUGUUUAACAGCUACAGCAGCAAGCAUUGGAGCUGCAGGGAUACCACAAGCUGGGUUAGUUACAAUGGUAAUGGUUCUGGAUACAGUUGGAUUACCUGCUGAUGCUGUCAUCAAUAUUAUUGCUGUUGACUGGCUGUUGGAUCGAUUCAGGACCACUAUAAAUGUAAUGUGCGAUUGCUUAGGAGCCAGACUGGUCGAUAUUCUUAGCGUUGGAGAACUCGCAGGAACCGCAGUCACAAAGGAUCGAUUAAACGCUGCCGAACCACAUGAAUUAAUAGAAAUGGCAAAAAAUGACCAACAUAUUUAAAUUUUUUGACCAAAACACACACGUUUGUUAUCUCGAUAUUUAAUAUCAAACAUUUGAAAGACUUACAAAAAUAUACAUAAAUUGUUUAAAUAAAAUUGCAGGAAGGUAUUUUUUGAACAAUAUUGGUAUACCAUUUUCACAAAAAAAAACAAGGAUAUUUUAUAAUAGAAUUUGCACUUAAAAAUAGCGUUAUGCUUUGUGCACAUUUUAAUUAUUCAGUAUAUUUAAAAUACUUAAUUUUCCUUUUAAAAUAAUAGAAAAGACAAUAUUUAAACUAGAAUAUUAAUAAAAAAAUAACCCAAAUAUGGACUUAAAGUCAUUAAAAGCCGCUCUGUUAAUUUGUAAAUCAAUC